AUGGCUAUCAAGUUAGAUAUGUCAAGGGCCUAUGAUCGUGUGGAAUGGAAGUUUCUGGAGGCUAUUAUGGCAAAAAUGGGAUUUGGAGAGAGAUGGAUGCAGCUAAUAAUGGAAUGUAUCACUAUUGUUAGCUACUCAGUUUUGAUAAAUGGAAAAAUUGGGGCCUCUUUUCAACCUGAACGUGGGAUUAGGCAAGGAGAUCCACUAUCUCCUUACCUAUUUAUAUUAUGUGCUGAAGGUUUAAGUGCCUUGAUCACUCAGGCUGAGCAUAAGGGGGAAAUUAAAGGAGUUGCAGCUGCUAGGGGAGGGUUGAGGGUUAGUCAUCUCUUUUUUGCUGAUGAUAGUGUGCUCUUUUGUAGAGCAACUAUUGAUGAGUGGCAAAAGCUUCAAGGAUUGCUUCAUGUGUAUGAGAAGGCAUCUGGACAGUGUUUGAAUCGAGAAAAAAUAGCUGUUUUUUUCAGCUCAAAUACCUGUACAGAAAAAAGGCAGGAGAUUGUUAAUGCAGUAGGUGUAUCAGCAGAUAACAACUAUGGGAGGUAUUUAGGACUACCAACUACAGUUGGAAGGUCAAAAUACCAAUCUUUCAGAUCUAUUAAAGAAAGGAUAUGGACCAGAAUUUCAAGUUGGCAGAAUACAUUCCUAUCACAAGCUGGGAAGGAAGUAUUACUAAAAGCAGUAAUUCAAGCAAUCCCCACCUAUACUAUGAGUGUUUUUAAGUUGCCUAAGAAGCUACUGCAGGAAAUCAAUUCGAUGAUGGGAAAAUUUUGGUGGGGAGGUAGUAAUACAAAGCAGAAAAUUCAAUGGAAGUCUUGGGCAAGUAUGGGAGUUUCUAAGAAGGAUGGGGGUUUGGAUUUUAGAGACCUGGAAUCUUUUAAUAAGGCCAUGUUGGCUAAGCAGGUAUGGAGAGUUCUCAACAAUCCAAAUUCCCUGGUUACACAACUCCUAAAACAGAAGUAUUUUAAGAGGGGUUCUAUCCUGAAUGCAAAGAAGGGGACUAAUUCAUCCCUGGUGUGGCAGAGUCUAUGGUCAUCUAUUGAAUUGAUCAAGGUAGGAAGUUUGUGGAGAGUGGGGUCGGGUUCUAGUAUCAAUAUUUGGAAUGAUAAGUGGGUUAAGCAUGCUGUGCUGUUACAACCCAAUCUACCUAUUCUUGGUCCUAGCAGGGAUUCAACUGUUUCUGAGUUGAUUGAUGAAGGGGAAUGCAGAUGGAAGAAGGAAGUGCUGGACCAGUUAUUCCAUGAGGAAGAUGUGGAGAAGAUCUAUCAGAUUCCCUUAAGCAAAACUGGGACUCAGGAUAAACUGAUAUGGGGGUACACUGCAAAUGGGAUUUUCACUGUGAGAAGUGCAUACUACUUACAACAAUCACUGGUCAGACAAAUGCAGGGAGAGUGCUCGAGUAUUGUAACAGGUUUAAUAGAUUGGAAACAGUUAUGGUCUCUAAAUGUACCUAUGAAGAUUAAGUUGUUUGUAUGGAAAGCUGCCCACUAUGUACUUCCCACUUUGCAAAAUCUGGCAAGUAAAAAGAUAGUUGCUAUUGACUUGUGUUCUAUAUGCAAGAGAGAAAUUGAGUCUCCAUUACAUGUAAUAUGGGGCUGUCCUGGAGCCAGUGAUGUUCGGGCCAUGUCAAGCUGUCCUACACACAAGUGGCCUAUUUAUUUUCCUGACUUUAGGACAUUGUGGUUCUCUUUGUGUUCUAAGCUGGAUGUGGAUUCACUUCAGCUGGCCUAUGCAGUACCUUCUAAUAAUACGAGUGACAGAGGAAACAUAAGGUGGAAAAAACCAGAAAUCAGAACAUUGAAGGCAAAUUGGGAUGCUUCAGUGAGUACCAAACUCAAUAGAGCAGGCUAUGGUAUUAUUAUCCGAGAUGAGCAAGGAAGUAUAAUGGUUUGUGUGUGUGCAAGCCACAAACCUGCUAUAAAACCUGUGCUGGCAGAAGGCCUGGCCUUAAGGAGGGCAAUGGAAGUUUGUGCUGAGUUGGGCUUGGGAAGGGUGGUGUUUGAAGGAGAUGCUAAGAUCAUUGUUCAGGCAGUGACUUCUGAUGAAGAGAUCAGUGCAGAUUAUAGGAUUCUUGUUAAUGAUGCUCGAAGUAUGUUAAGAUCUUCGCCUCAAUGGCAUGUUGAUUUUGUUCACAGAGAAGCCAACUAUGCUGCUGACCAGUUAGUAAAGUUAGCUUUAGACUAUGAGUAUGAGAAGAUCUGGAUAGAAGAUGGUCCAAUGCAGGUUAUGUCGACUGUACAGUUAGAACAGUCUAUGUAA